AUGCCGGAUGAAUCCGACGAGAAUGACUCGGACUGUCAAGAUUCAUUUUUCCUAGGAAUGAUCGACACUGGACAUGUUGAAGUCAACACCAUAGAAAAUUGGAUGACAACUUUACAGUUGAACAACACAGAUGUACAGUUUCUCAUGGAUACAGGUCCAAAGUGUUAUGUACUCACUAGAGACACGUAUCACAAACUUAAGAUGUCACCCCUAGAGAAACCGAAAGCUUCGCUAACAUCUUACUCUGGACAUAAAAUCAUAAUAGAUGGAUCUAACAAGGACAAACAUCAGUCAUCUGGAAAAGACAUUUUGAGUGAACCUCAAUAUGCAGAGCUAUUUGAAGGAUUAGGAUGCUUACCUGGACAGUACUCGAUAAAGAUUGAUCCGUCGAUCACACCUACCAUUCAUCCACCACGCAAGAUACCCAUCUCAUUAAAAGACAAAGUUCAUCAAGAAUUACAGAGAAUGGAAUAG